CUUUGUGUCUUCGAGUAUAAAGCAUUGCCAGUGAUGCUUGUCCACAAUGGAUCCCCCGCAUCUAGCACAAGAAAACCCGUCCCUCCGGUUCUGCCUCUAAAAUCAAUCGACAAAGCACAUCGUCUCUGACUAGGGUUAGGGUUACGGAUUAUAUAUUGUUUGGUCAAAGUCUUUGUUUGGCCCUGACUCCGGGCUGCUCGCUGCUUGCAGGCGCCGUCAGUUCUUCAUCCACGCUACACACCCGUCACUUCCUCGUCCUCGUCGUUUUCUUCGUAAUGGCAAGCAAGGCAGCCCAGAAGCGGCUUAGCAAGGAAUACAUCAACAUGCAACGGGAGCCGCCGCCAUUCGUUUGGGCCGCACCGGAUGAAAAGAACAUUCUCACAUGGAACUACCUUAUCCGCGGGCCCCCAGAUUCUCCCUACGCAGGUGGAGAAUACCAUGGAGUACUCCUGUUCCCCGCAGAAUAUCCUUUCAAACCCCCGGGCAUCAAGAUGUAUACACCAAGUGGACGUUUCCAACCAGAUAAGAAGAUAUGCUUCUCAAUGUCUGAUUUCCAUCCUGGCACAGUAAGUUUAUCUUUUGUUUUGACACGUGGGUUACAAUGGUGUUUACUCCGGCGCCUUUCACAGUGGAAUCCAGCUUGGAGUGUCGCUACAAUAUUGACCGGCCUUCUUUCUUUUAUGCUGUCGGACGAGAUGACCACAGGAUCUGUGACGUCGUCAGAUUCUCACAAACGCACUCUCGCUGCUAAGAGUCAUUCCUUCAACCUCAUUCAAGCGAGGUUCAGAGAAGCAUUUCCAGAUUAUUGUACUCCCACGCUCAAAGAUCUUCCAAAUAUGGGAGAACAGGAGCGUGGCAAGCCUGACACACCAUCAACCUCCACAUUACAGCCUGCGAAUGCUGCUCUGUCUCCUAACCCGUCUACCCUGGCAGUGCCUAUGCCACAGCUGGUGUUAAGGCGAACGCCAGGCACCCCACUGCAGCUUGCCAUGAAUGCUGGACCUGCGAUCCCCGAACUUCACAAUCCCAUCACGCACGCUAAUAAACCACCUGUCCCUCAAGGUUGGGCAGCGUCUUGGCGCGAGGUAAUAUGGGAGAAAUGGAGGUGGGGUGUUUUGAUCGCACUUGCUGUAAUUGUUUCGAAGAUCUCUUCGGCGUAUUGAAAGUUCACUGGCUGGAUCCUUUCCUUUCUUCAUCAUCUUUCGUCACCCUACCAAGGUGUUAGUUGGGUUUUAUACACCUUGAAGAUCUUUCCUGUGUCAAUAACAAUGCCUUCCGCCCACUACACUCCCUA